GCCGGCCUGCCAGUCAUCUCAGGCCCCGCCCCGGCCCGGUUCCUGCCUGGGGUUCCGCAGGCCUGCGAGGGCCGCCAGGGGUCGUCGCGCCCUUCCGCGCACUUCCUCCCGCCCUCCCCGCCCCACGCGGCUGUUGGCGCCAGAGUCAAACGGGGAGGCCGCCGCGCGCACCAUGUCAAAGAAGAAAGGACUGAGUGCAGAAGAAAAGAGAACCCGUAUGAUGGAGAUAUUUUUUGAGACAAAAGAUGUAUUUCAGCUGAAAGACCUGGAGAAGCUUGCUCCCAAAGAGAAAGGCAUCACUGCUAUGUCUGUCAAAGAGGUCCUUCAGAGCUUGGUAGAUGAUGGUAUGGUUGACUGCGAGAGGAUUGGAACUUCCAAUUACUAUUGGGCUUUUCCAAGCAAAGCUCUGCAUGCCAGGAAACGAAAGCUGGAGACUCUGACCUCUCAGCUGUCGGAGGGAAGCCAGAGGCAUGCAAACCUACAGAAGAGCAUUGAGAAAGCUAGAAUUGGGCGACAAGAGACAGAAGAACGAGCCAUGCUUGCAAAAGAACUUUCUUCAUUUCGGGACCAAAGGGAUCAACUUAAGGCAGAAGUUGAAAAAUACAGGGAAUGUGACCCGCAAGUUGUGGAAGAGAUACGUCAAGCAAAUAAAGUAGCCAAGGAAGCUGCCAACCGAUGGACUGAUAACAUAUUUGCAAUAAAAUCCUGGGCCAAAAGAAAAUUUGGGUUUGAAGAAAGUAAAAUUGAUAAAAACUUUGGAAUUCCGGAAGACUUUGACUACAUAGACUAAACUGGCAAUAGAAGAUUUGUGAGCUUAUGAAUCGUCAAGUUUUAAACAUUAUCUAAGUAAUGGUACUGAAUUUUCAUCUAUGUGUUAACUGUUUAUCAUUUUACAAUUUUAAAUAAAGUAUAAAACAAGGA